CCGAAGCGCUGGGUCAGCUCGAAGAAAGAGAAAGCUGGGAGGGAAUCUGCUGGGUUCGGCUGUUUGGAGGAGAUUUCAGAGAAAACGGAGCCAAACUCCACUCAGAACGCAGUGCAAGAGAAGCCCUAUGCUGUGGCUCCCAUUUGCUCCAUCACAGAUUCUUUCGCUUUACCACUAUUCCUGCUUUUCUAUGUCCACAUACCAAGCAAACCCCUUUUCCAGUUAGAAACAGAAACUGAAAAUGGAAACUGAAAAUGGAAACGAAAAUUCAAUUAUUUUAACAUCCUCUUUGUUGAAUAACAAAUCCCCAGAAACUGAUGAGGUCACUUGGUAGGACACUAUUUCCUUGCUCAUGUGCCAGUGCUUGCUUUCAGCCUAUCUAGUAUAAAAGAUCUUACUUGGACCUUUUUCCAGAUGGCAAAUUUUCUUUCUGUAUCUGUCAUUUUUUCUCCUUUUGUAAACUUCUUCAGCGCUGCACCAUCAUCAGUAGCACAGAGCACACAUCUGCAAUAUAAAGUGGAAACACUGGAAAUGGCCUUAUGGCACAUGACCAGAAAAUCUGAGAGUGAUUGAGAAAGUCACUCAAGUAUGGUGAUUAAAAAACUGCAGCAACUACUAGAAAUGAAGGAUUGAGAGAUGGACUGAGUGAAGAACAUAGCCCCAAAUAUCUUAAAUGAGAGGACUGAGGUGGAAAGGUUCUAUAUAGAUGCUCUUAAUGUGAAUCAGGAUAUCAUAUCCAGUAGAAAGCAUCAAAAGAAAAAGGCCCAAACUGCCUAUAACAAAAAAUAUGGAGGCAUGUGCAGAUUUCCCCAAAUCAAAACAUUCAAAGGCAACAGAAAUAGCACAAAUAAUAUUCCCAGAGACCUAGAGGAAGCACAUAAAUGCUACUGGUAUGGAAACAUUGAAAACUAUGAGCUAAAAAAAGUGAAGCCUAAAAAAAUUACAAUUAAGGUGCUAACUGUUUACUUAUUAGAGGCUGUUAAUUGGUAUGUCUUUCCUAGGUGUUUGAGUGAAUUCCAAUAUCUUAAUAGUGACUUACCUAGAAUAUUUUACCUUUGCAACACAGAAAAUACUUCUCCCAGCCUAAUAUUUCUUACACAGCAGGCCACAUUAUCAGAUUCAUCCUCUUCUGCAGUGAUCCUUCCACACACUCGGAUGCCAACAGUCUAG